GCUCUGUCAACAAGAACAACAAGAACAACAAGAACGGUCCAAACGAAAAUUUAUGGCGGAAAAGGUGAACGAAGCUCUAUUGAAUGCUUCGAAGAACGGCUCAGUUGAAGGCGUUAAAGCGGCAUUGAAAGCUGGUGCAGACAUUGACUACAAACCAGGCUUCAAACAGUGGGGGAUUGGAGACUGUAUUUCAAACAUUGGCACAGCACUGUUCAACGCUUCCAUCGCUGGACAUGUAGAUGUAGUGAGGCUGCUGCUCCGCAAGGGGGCGUCAGUGGUAAAAAGAACAGGUUCAAUUGCACCUCUUCAUGCAGCAGCGCUCAAAGGUUGGACAGAAGUGGUGGACUUGUUGGUGCAGCAUGGUGCAACAGUAGACGUGCGGGACUCCUGGCAGUCCACGCCACUCAUGUUUGCUUGUGAGUACAAACAGAUCGACACUGCUCGGCGACUGAUUGAGCUUGGAGCAAGACCUGAUUUCGAUCAUGGUUUGGCAGAAGCAGCCGGAACUAUCUGUGACUGUGACAAAGAGAGUUGGGAGCUUUUAGAAGAGGCGAAGAACUCCAAGCUGCUGAGAUGCUGCAACCCCAAAUGUGGCAAACUAGGCCACAGGAAAACCCUGAAGCUGUGUGGCCGGUGCAAGCUGACCCGCUACUGCAGCCGUGACUGUCAGAUACAACACUGGUCUGUUGGACACAAGAAGUGCUGUGGGCAUGACGUGUACACUGACGAUGGAGUUGACCCUCACCAAAAACGGAUGGAAUUAUCAGCCAUUAAAUGGCUGAUAAAGGCUACAUGAAAAGUAGCAGUGAAAAUCAGUGGCAUGUUUUUCUCACCAUUGAUACUAGUAUUGUGCUGGCGUCUCUAUGUAGAAAAUUGCCAUGUUUUCUUGUUGUUUUUCACACACGUAUUCUGUCCAAAAGUUCGUGCGCUUUUACAAUUUUGAUUUGCUAAUCUUGUGAAAAAAAAGUAAAGACGGUUUAGUCUGACAUGGAAUUUAGGAUUUUUUACAAAGCCACUUUUGUAGUGACCACUUUUUUCUAGCCUGGAUAGCAGACUAUUUCAACAGCCUACUCCUCUGCUUUAGAGCCAACAGGCCUAGUCUCCAAGCAGACCCCACGGUGUUAAAGAUAAUAUCAAAGCUGGCCGAGGAGUUUAGCUGGCACCGGUGCCCGUUUGCCUCCCUUUGGCCGGCUAUACUCCUUGGCCAGCUUUGAUACUAUCUGUUGGAGACUAAACCGGCCCCAAGGACCACGAGGGUCUAACUCAGGCCCCGGAAGCAGUCUAGCAUCCAGGAUAUACCACAUUUCCUUUUCUAUCUGUAGCGUGUUGCUAGAUCAAUGUCACUGUAUAAUUCCUGAAUCGUGUUACACCUAAUAAAAGUACCUGAGCUGACUGAU